AGAAACACUCAGUAUUACAAUUUUUGAGGGAGAGAAAGAGAGAGACAGAGAGAGAUAGAGAUGGCAGCUGCUGUUCAUUGCCUAUCUUCGUGCUUGGCCCUUCCUUCCAAACUCAGCAACCUUUCCCUCAAUGGCCCUUCUACUUCUUCUGCAACUCAUUCCACCUCAACCCACUUCACUUCUCUCAGUUUCUCCGCUAGCCUUUCUCACAAUUUCUUCUCCAGAGGGUAUUUUUCAUUGAGCCCAGUUCAGAGGCCAACUCGUCGUUCUGUAGUCUGUGAGGUUGCCACAACGAAAAAGCCUGAUUCUGCUGAAAAGAGAGCUCGGCAGGCUGAGAAAAGGCGCAUUUACCACAAAUCCCGGAAAUCUGAAAUCAAAACCCGGAUGAAGAAGGUUUUGGAAGCUUUAGAUGUGCUCAAGAAGAAACCAGAUGCUACGCCUGAAGAGGUGCUUUCAAUUGAGAAGCUCAUUGGAGAGGCAUACUCCAUCAUUGACAAAGCAGUGAAAGUGGGAACCUUGCACAGGAAUACUGGAGCACGCAGAAAGUCUCGACUGGCCAGAAGAAAGAAGGCUGUAGAAAUCCACCACGGCUGGUACACCCCAAAUCCUGAAGUUAGUGCUUGAUAAAACCCCUUUGUUGGGUUAUAUAUUCUUUUGUUUCCUAGAACUGUGUUCGUAGGUUGUAAUUGUAUUAUUAUUCCCAUUAACUUUUGUGUUGAAAAUGUGGUUGUGCCAAAUAUAGCCUGUUGACUCUGAGUGAAUCACAAAACUCUUGACAUGGCACCAGAGCAAAAUGCUGGUUAUUGAAGAGAUGCGCUAGAAAAAGAUGGGUUUGGAGAAUGUGGUGUGUGGUAAUUUUCCUAAUGCACGCGUGUAUUAACCAUGUUAUUUAUUAGUAGAGGGCAGCCAUGUUCUACUUCCUUUGUAGGGUUUAAAUGAGACACUCAUGUUGAUUUCUUAUAGUGAGUGAAUGAAGGAGAGAUAUUUGAUGUUGGGUUUUAGGAUAAA